CCACGUUGCUGUGCCAAACAGUCUCCUACCAUCAUUAAAGUUGCACGGACAACACAAUUGUUCACUGACAUAAGUAACCGUUACUUGCAAACGCGUGUCGCAGUUUAAACUCCAGUGAGUCGCUGUCAGUGAGUUUCAGUGUAGACAACUGAUCAGUGAAUCAACUAAACGGUGUCUCAAUAAAAGAAGCCACCUACCGUCUUAUACCAAAGCAAAACCACAGAAAGAAACAAGGCAAACAAAAUGGGUUUCUCUGCUCAGGAAGUUGCUGAUAUCAAGGAAAGCUGGGAAGUGCCAAAAGCUAACCUGACCGACUCCGGCGCGGCUAUACUAGUGCAUUUUGUUACCAAAUAUCCCGAUAAUUUGAUGCAUUUUCCCUUCAAGGAUGUACCAAUCGUUGAUUUGAAUAAAAACGAACGUUUCCGCUCACAUGUAACGAAGAUUAUGAAAGUCUUUGACAACUCUGUCAAUGUGCUCGGUGCCGAUGAAGCGCAAAUAACACAGAUCUGGCAAGAUUUAGCCAAAUCUCACGUUAAACGUCAGAUACCAGAAAAAUCUUACUUGGAGUUGAGGGACUCCAUUUUGACGGUUCUUAGCGAAGCGGCGAAAUUGACCGACGCACAAAAGGCGUCUUGGCACAAAAUGUUAGAUCAUGUAUAUGCGAUCUUAUUUCAGAAAAUGUCCGAGUUGGGCGCUUAAGUGGGAGUAAUGAGCAUAAACGAGAGCGUUGUUUAACAAGAUGCGAGCGAAAGUUUUCAGUAAUGCCUAACAGCGUGUAAAAACUUUUUGAACUUUAUGGGAGCACAUAUUAUAUUCUCUUAAGAUUUCAUUAUUAUUAUUUAGUAACUUCUUUCUUUUAGUAAAAUAUUUUAUCUGGUAGUUAAUUUGUUUGGUUUGUACUGUCUUACUGACUUGUUUGAAUUUAAUAAAAA